AUGAACCUGGCCACCACCCUUCUCCUAACUUCCGCGACACUUUCUGCAAUCCUAGCUAUUGUAUCAUUCUGGCUUCCUCUUAUAGCCCCUGAUUACGAAAAACUAUCACCGUAUGAAUGUGGCUUCGACCCCCUCGGGUCAGCCCGCCUACCCUUUUCCCUUCGCUUCUUUUUAAUCGCCAUUCUCUUCCUCCUUUUUGACCUAGAGAUCGCACUUCUCCUACCUCUUCCCUGAGGAGACCAACUCCUAUCCCCCCUCAUAGCCUUUACCUGAACAGCCACUGUACUACUUCUACUCACCCUCGGCCUAAUUUAUGAAUGAGUACAAGGAGGGCUCGAGUGGGCCGAAU